GAGAUGACGUCACGCGCCACGUCAUUUAACAUUCACUCGCUGAUCAGAGAUCUUAACAACUGAAAACCAGGCAUUAUUUGAUGAAAUUUGGCGAUGGCAUGCGUGCUUGCUGGUGACGUCGAGGAUCCUCUGCCGACCAUUGAAGAUAUCUUGUCUCAUGCAGAUUACAACGGGAACAGUCAACAACAGGCUAUUGACAGGGAAAAAAUGUGUAAAAACGAAGCUACAGGACCGCGUCCUCUGACAUGUUUCCUGUAUAACGGACUGACGACCAAUCAGUUACGCACGUUUCUACUAGACCGACGGGCGUCCGCGGCAUGUAUUCUCCACCAUCUUACACGACUGGAGGAAGUGACGUCACGAUACACGGAGAAGUUGGCUGAAGCGCGGCCGAAAGUCAUUGUCAACACUUCAGGAAAUCUUCACGUCUAUAAUGAUAAACCGCCUCAUUCACGUGUGUUUGACUACGCUAUUCUCACACCGCAAAAAAGGAAUAACCAUACAAGCAAUUAUUGACUUGGCCAUUCCUUUUCAACCUGGACAAUACGAUAGACCAGAAAAUUAUAUUUCUAUUGACGGAAAAAGUGCUCAACAAUCGCUGUACGUGUUAUAAUGUGUCAAUAUUUACAACUAACAGUUAUCACGUACUAACGACAACACAGGGAAUUGUCGCAAAUAAAGGAAAGAUGGCAUUGUCCCUUAGGAAAGAACUACAGACGAUCUUAUUCCCAAUAAUUGUACACAAACGGUACUAAUAACUUAUCAUGGAUUAUCAUCGUGUCAGUUCAAGGAGUACAUUUCUUCAACUGUAAAGAUUUUCUAUAAAUUAAGGAAAUAAUUAUAAAAUUUGUGUGAUGUAAGCAAAAGAAAGUAAAUAAACUGCAUAUGAAUCUGAUAAAAGUAUACACAUGUCUCUUAUGGAACGGUUGAUGAUGAAUAUGACCGUGUAUAUGAUAAAUGGAAAAAAAACAAACAAACAAAAAACAGGGAAAUUGACGUAUCUGUCAAUCUUGUGAUAUGACAAAUGAUAAUUACAGUCUCGACAAAACAUAGAUAAUGAAAAAUAUGGUCAAAGAUGAGGAUAUGAAACGUCACUGUGUUGAUCAGAAACCUAGCUUACUGAUAAACAUACCCAACACAAAGCCCUUGUCCCAUACAAAACCACAAACAUAGAUAUUCAUUCAUUCAUUCAUUCAUUCAUUCAUUCAUUCAUUCAUUCAUUUUAUUGACUUUAAUCUUUACAGCUCAUCAGUACAUGUAACAUAUAUACAAUAAAAUAAAUUGACGGUCACGGCAAUGCAGCAAUAUAGAUAUGCUCACCAAAAUGAAAUUGUUCUAAGCUAACAAAAUGUAAUAAUUUACCUUUAAAAAAUACCAUGUUAUGAAUGUCUAAAAAGUUCCAUGAACGAGAUCAAAGGUUAGAAGCAUAAUGGACUGUCCAUUAGUUAUUAUUGUAAGCAUUUGUUGAUGGAAUCUAACUACACUAUCACUAAAUCACUCGACUAUAGAAUUCUUAAACCUCGAGUGUAUUGGCCACUGGGCAACAGACAGUCUCGCACAAAUGAAAGCGCCAUGUGUCUGGGGGAAAAGGCCGUAUGUAAGCUCUCACAAUGUUGAUAAGUCUGUAGAAAACGUAUGUUGAGUUGUACAUCAACUUUCCAGAUUACAGCAAAACUGACCUUGAUUUGUGCCCAACUUGGAGUGAAAGUGGCUUAUGAAACUGGAACACGCGCACGAGGUUUAUUUUAAGCUAUUACGUAUGCAGACGGCGUGACACAAUAACCUCUUGCAUACACCAUGUCUUUCCCUACAUAAAAAUAACAUUGAAAAUAUAAACAAAAGCUUUUGUAGAAUAAUCUAAUGUUUUAUUGCAAAUGUUUGUCAAUAAAUAACUAAAAUAUAUAAAAAUAAAAUAAUAUACAUAAAAACUGAUUGUUUUGCAUAUUGGAUGAAUAAAAUUAAUAUUGUGUAUUUGAACAAAUUAAUUUGUGUUACUCAACCCGGUAUAUAAAUCGGGUGAGUCCUUUAGUUUGACUCCGAGAUGGAAAAGUCUAACCUCACAGGGACCAUAAUGUCAAACAUCAGUACCUAAUUAGUACCCUAGUGCAAUUAUAAAGUGAUGCGUUAAUGCCUUUAAACAAGUAACAAAAUUGGUCCCCCCACCCCCCUCAAAAAAAAAAGUUCGACUCCGGGAGGAGAUAUUAUAACCAUGCAGAGACCCUAAUACCAAAUUUAAAUAUAUGCAUUUCAACACUUACACCAAAUUGUAAAUACAUGUAUUGGCAAACCGAUGCCGACCCUGGUUGACGACAUUGCCUGUCUCUUUUAUUCGAAGAGACGAGCUAAAUAGCAUACACAACUAAUACAAUUUAACUUUUUAAUGUAUGUUACAGUAGAAUAGGUACAAUAAAUAUACAUAGGUUUGUGGUACAAUAGAUAUGAUAAAUAUAUGUUUGUGUUACAAUAGAUAUAAUAAAUAUGUUUGUGUUACAAUAGAAAUAUAAUAAAUAAUUAUGUUUGUGUUACAAUAGAUAUAAUAAAUAUGUUU